GCCGGCGUCGAAAGGAGGUCUAGGUCCGUAGUCACACCUGUUGCGUACGGCACCCUAGCUGCUUUCCCGAGGAUAACAUGAGGUUUUGCGGAGGCAGGUUUGCCUCAUCGUCGUCCACUGUGUUGCUCUCAGCCUUCGUGCUGCUGUCAUACAUGAGCGCAGCCGUCACAGCUGGACCGACGACGAAGAUGACUGCAGCGGGUAUCUUACCGCCCAUGCCGUAUCAUCACGCAUUAGCUGAUGUCAGCCGAAGGCCUGGAGACACGGCGCCGGUUCUCAGACAAGUUUCCGAGUUGCCUCGGUGGUUCGUAAUGCCUGAGAGCUACGAGCAGAGCAGUUUGGCGAUCGGCAAACGACGAAGCUUCGGUGCCUGGUCAGGUAAACGGGAUUCGCAAUCAGACCGUUACCUGAGUCUCGUAACGCGACUUCACUCGCUGCUGCAGGACAAAAUCUCGCAUCGUGACCUGAGCAACAAGCGUCAGCAGUUCAGCGCAUGGGCUGGCAAGAGGUCUCCACUAGAAGCAGAUCAGAACCAAGAUUCACUUGCAGACCUGACACAGAAAACAGGUACAGAUCAAAGCACGACACCGCCUCAAGCCAUGCGCGGCUUUAACAGGCCUUGGAAGCGGACCAGCGAGAGCGAAGACGCUGGGUCUCAGUCGGACUUGCGUCGGCUCCUAAACUCCAUCAGAGACGCGAAUGUCGUCAGACGAGCCUUCAGUGCGUGGUCGGGCAAGCGCGGCUUCAGCGCCUGGGCCGGCAAGCGUUCAGAUGACGGCAUUCCAGAAAAACUAGAGCUAUUUUAACAAGUUUUCCUAUAAUUCAGAUACAAAGCUCCGUUAUAUUAGCAGUCCUAGGUACAAUCUUUCUCCUAGGUGUCGUGCUUUCUUUUAGUUACUUUACGUGUAGCAUUCACGUUUCACGGAAAAUUGAAAUUUAAGUUUCACGCGAGUGAACAACCCUUUCUGCUUAAACAGAAUAAUUAUUUCAAGGAUUUCGGUAAAGCAACUAGAUUGAAGAUUAGGUAGGUAUGUCAUUAAAUUAUCUCAUUUUAUUAUGAAGAGUUCCGGAGUGCUGAUCCAAAAAGUAAAGUAAAAACAUAUUAAAUAUAUUUUUAUUUGGUUUCUGAAAUGGAAAAAAAUGCAUGUAAUAAUUUUUCCAGUUCCUUACGGGAACAUCUACGUGCGCUGAGGUAUAAGAAAACUAUGACAGUUUCUUACCAAGUGACAACGAGAAAAAACCCCAAAGCCAUAACAUGAUAUUUUUGGCAGUAAUUUCAGAGUAACUCACGAAAACAUGGCUUAAGAACUAAUUUUGAUUAUUUUUACAGUGAUUAAAAAAAGUUGGUCAAAUGAAGCUUUGGGUGUCGGAUGUACACUAUUCUAACACGGAAUAUUCGAGUAAUUGAACAAUGCGAAAACGCAUAGACAAACUAUGUAUGUAUAAGUUAAUUACUAAUGAUCUGCGACUAAAAGAAAUGCAAACGACAUUGAGCUCGACAAGGAAAUGGAUAUAUGUGCAAAGUAAGCGCAUUGAACUUUCCUUUACAUAAAACUCAACGUGAAAGUUGAGGCACAGCAAAUAAUAAAAGAAAUCAAACUUGU